AUGUAUUUAUUUUUAAUGACAAUUAAUUUAUUAGAAGUGUAUUCAUAGAUUUAAUAGAAAUAUAUUGUUUUUUUCUUCUAGUUAUUCAUCGAAAUAAUGAAUAUUUUGAUAUUAAAUUUUUUUUCCAUAGAUUCUUUUGUUCACCUAAAUAACUAAAAAUUAAAUAAAUUAAACAAUAGAAACAUCAUAAAAAAUAUUAAAAAAAUGAUAUUCUUAGUAUUAACUUUGAUUGGUUUUUUAUACUUAAAUACUUAAAAUUUAAAGUUGAAAAUCAUAUUUUUAUUAUCAUAAUUAUUAAUUAUUACGAACUCUUCGAAUUCCUGUCCAACAUAAACAUAUUUAGAAUGCGCAACAACUGGAUAAGACUUGAUGUAAACAUUUAUUGUUAAAUCUGAUGCUACAAUGAAAAAGGAGGAUAUUUUAGUAUUAGUCUACGAAAAAUAAAUAGACUUGUAUUAGCUUUCUGAUUAUACAAAGAUAGUGGAUAUAAAGAUUCCUGCAUUUAUUUUGAUUUAAAUAUUCAAUAGUUAAACUUAAAAUGAUUGUUAAAUAGUAGUAUUUGCUAUAAAUAAAAUAUAUUUUUUUUCAGUUAACAAUGCAGCUCUUUAAAAAGUGCUUAAUUUGGAUGAUGAAUAAAUUAUUUUUGAUAAUCAAAUGUGUGCUUCAGCUGAUUUAGGUUAUUUUGUCUCUAAAACAAAAGAAGAAAAAUUAGUAGUCUAUGAUUACUUGAAAAAAAAGAAGCAUUUGUUAGAUGAUAAAUUAGAGCCAAUAUUUAUUUUUAGAUGCCAGUUCAUAGUUAAAUAAGAUGAAGAUACCUUUAAAUUAGUUAUUACUGAGAAUGAACUAGCAAUUAGUUUAUAUGAAUCCAAUAAAACAUUUUUAAAUUUUACUAAGCUGAAUUACAUGAAUAGUGAAUAUUAAAUUUUUGAUUGGUUUUUUUUUGAUGGAAAUAGAUUAGCUGUUAAAUCAACUGAUUUUUAAAGAGUAGAUUAUCUACAUAUGAUUAACUUAAAUAAUUUUGAGAUAGAAUUAGUUCAAAAUGUUAACAUUUAAUUUUAAGUUUAUUAUUCGAGUAUACACAAACUUUGGUUAACUACUUAUGGCUCUGGUAGCUUUUACAUAAAUGGAGAGAUUUUUAACUUUGAAAUGCCAGAAAAUUUUUAAAUUGAUAUUUCUGAUUCAAUUAGCACAGAUACUUCAUUUACAAGAUAUGACUACUAACAUUUUAUUAAACUGGCAGUCAAUUAAGAAUAGUCUGAGAUUGCUUUAAUAAGUUAUUAAGCAAUUUAUUUAUUUUCAUUACCUGACUUCAAAUUUAUUGCUAUCAAGUAAAUAACAAAAAAAUAUAUAUCUGAAAUAAAAUAAAACUAUGUAUAUUAAGAGAAUAUCUUAAUAGAUUUUUACAAGUAUCAUUGGUAAGUAUAUGACACUAAAAGAUUGAAGCUCAUAUUUGAUAACUAUUGCAUUGAGGGAUUUUAAGUUUUUGAUGAAUUGAUUGUUGAUAUUUACUUAGAUCUAGACAUAAACAGACUUACUAUAUUAGAUUUAUUUGGAAGUGGAUUUUUUGCUAAAUAUGAUACUGGUGAGCCUUAUUUCAGAUUUGUUUCAAAUCAAUCUAGAAGUUAAUGGCUGGUCUUAGCAGAUUAAAAUUUAAUAAUAAUUUGGAGUACUUAGUAGCUUUCAGAGGUAUAGUUUUAUGAUUACUUAACAGGAGAUUAAAUUGCUACAAUAUUUGAAUUGAAUGAUUAUGUAAUAUUUAAUUGCUAUUACCCAAAAAGUAAGAAUCUACUUUUAGUUGACUAUUCAGGAACAUUAAUAGUAAUCAACAUAUAGUCUUAAUAAGUCAUUUAAAAGCUCAUUUUGACACAAACUAAGUAAUUUACAUGUAACAAAGAUGAUGAUCAAUUCUUUCUCCUAAGAACUGACAAUUAAGUUAUAAAAUUUUAAUCAAUUAGAGAUUUAAAUUAAACUUUACUCCUAAGCUAACUAACUUAAAAAAUAGAAUCUACCACUUAAAUUUUGUAUGGAUCUUAAAAGUUGUUUCUAAUGGCUUCUACUCUAUCCUUUCCUUAUGUUUUAUAGAAAAUGGAUUUUUAAACAGGAGAGAUUAUUCAGAUUUUAAUAAAAUGCAAUAGCCCUUACUUGAAUGUUAAUAAUGAAAACUAUUUAACUGUAAUUUGCUAAGAUAGAGUAUAUAUAGAAGGGAUUUCAGAUGAUAAUAAACAAUUCAAAAAAUAUUUAAAUAUUCCAACUUAGCAUUAAAGAUUAAAAUUUGCUUUGAUUGACGAUAUUUAUGCAUUUGUUAUUAAUAUUUAUGGAGUGCUAUUGUAAUUUAAUUUACCAGAAGGCAAAUUGGUAAAUACGAUAGAACUUCACAGCAGUUAUUAGCCCAAUACAGUUUUAAUUGAUUCAGUAAAUAAAAUGCUCAUUAGUGGAGGAAGUGAAGGUAGAAUAGUUAAAUACAGUUAUAUAUAGAAAUAGAUAGUUAAAAUAUGGAAAUCUUAAGAAAUUCUUGUGAUGAAAUUAGAUUUAGUUAAUAAUAUUCUUAUUCAUUCUAGUUCGAGUUUUAUUUAUUCUAGGAAUUAUAUAGAUUCAGAUUUAACUUAAUAGUUGAUAGCAAAUGUUUAAGCUUAAAAAUAACUUGUCAUUGUAGAUGAUGAUUAUGAAUAUGUUCUUCGUCUGACAUCAACAAAGAGCAAAAUUUUAAAUGGAAUUUUUGUUUAUCCUGACAUAAAUGUAAUUGUUGGAUAUGGAGAUAAAUUAUAUUUUUGGGAUUAUAUUUAAAUGGUGAAAAUUCAAACAGUUUCUGGUUAUCAUAACAAAAAUAUUCAACAAUUCGAAUAUGUACCAUAAUUAAAAUUAAUAUUUAGUGCAGGGGAAGAUUCAAUAAUAGUUAUUUAUGAUUCUGAUAUAUUUGAAUAUAUAAGCUCAACGACUUUACCUUUGAGUUGUGAAGGAAUUACUUAAAUUGCACUUUAUAAAGUCAAUUACAUUUUUAUAGGGUGCUAUUCUGGCGAAAUAUAUUUAUACGCUAUUGAUGCUAUCGAGAAAAAACUUAAUUAUAAAUUAGAGAAUACUUCUUUAGAAUAGUUUGCAAUUAAUAAAAUGAUCAUUAAUGAAUCAAAAGAUGAAAUUUACAUUUAUUCACUAUCAUGGAAUGGAUAUCUCUUUAACAUUAAUCUUAUACUCUAAGGUAUAUGGAAGAAUAUAUCUACAAUUUUAGGUAUUUAUGGCGAGAUUGACUUUAAAAGAAACAUUAUAGUUAGUAUAGAUUAAAAUGGAUUCUUAAUAGCUUUGAAUAGAUUUUAAUACGAGCAUACUAUAUAUGAGUAAAUUCAUAAUGGGAGAAUUUGGGAUCUCAAAUUGGUAGUAAGCUAGGGCUAUGUUAUUACAGUUGGAGAUGACAAAUUAAUUUAGAUUAGAAACUAUGUUAAAAAUGACCAUAAAACUAUUAGCACUUAUUUUGGUAAAUAUUAGCUCAGGAAUAUUGUAUUUGAUGAAUUUGCUAACAUUGUUAUCGUUACUGAUGUAAAUGGAGGAUUAUUACUACUUGAAUAUCCUUCUCUAUUUCUCAAAUAAGAGUUUAGAUAAGAGACAAAUAGCUUAACUAAGCCAGUAGGAAAAUGGCUAUAAAAUAUUUUAUUUACUGCAUUUGAAUAUGAGGGCUUACUUAAUAUUUGGAACUAUGAAGGAUUGUUACGUGACACUUUUAUUUUUGAAUCAAGGAAAGAACUUGGUAUUAUUAAUGCCCAAAGAAAUGAAAGAAACUCUUCAGAGAUUUUUUACAUUGACACAAGUCUUUAAAUGAUGAAAUGGAAUUGUAAAUAUGGAACCAAAGAUAUUCUUGGUGUAAUUAAGAAUAAUGAAUUUCCUUUAUAUACUAAUAUAUUCUAAGUUCCUUCUUAAAAUUCCUUAAUAUUUGUGGAUUUUAGAGGAAUAUAUCAUAUUAGAGUAGAUGAUUUGAAAUUAAUCAAUUAUUUUGAUCAAGGUUGUAUUUCAGCUGUGCAUAAUUUCUAAACUUAAAAAGUGUUUUAAAAUAAACAGAAGAGACAAUAAUAUUUAUUUUGCCAGAAAGAAUAUAAAAUUAUAGCUUAUGAGCUACUAAAUGACGUGGAGCUUAAGGUAUCAUGGGAAAUAAAUCCUCCAUUAAAAGAAUAAAUAGAAGAAUUAAACAUGGAAGACGCAGACAAUGAAGAAGGAAAUGACAACAUGACUAUUGAGGAAAAAAUUAAAUCCUAUAUAGACCUAAUAAAGAUAGAUCCUGUUUCAAACCUAUUAUUUUUUACUUAAUCUUAAUCUUUUUCGAUUGUUGUGUAUAAUUAUCAACUAAAAAAAUAUAUAUAUAAAAAGUAAGAUCACUCUUAGAUAAUAAACAAUAUUCUUGGAGAUUAUUCUGAUGAGAGUUCUAGAAGAAGAAUAAUUUCAUAUAGCUGGGAUGGACUUAUAAAUGUUUAUGAAUUCAAUUCAAAAGGUGAAUCAUUUACUCUUUAUAAGUAGCUAUAUCUAUGUGAUCCUAAUUAUAUGUAAUCUCCUUUUCUAAAUAAUUUUUCUGUAACUCCAGAAAUAAUACAAGACAAUAGUAAAUGUAUAAUAAGUAAUAUUUAUUUAGCUGAAGACUAUUUGAUUGCGUAUACACCAUAAUCAUUCAAUAAUGUUAAAGUCUUUUCAUAUCCAGAUCUUGAAUUUUUAACAUGCUUACCAUCUCCUACGAAUGGAUAUACUUUAGCUAUAAAAACAGACAAAUAAUAUGACAUGAUAGUUUUAGCCUCUAGCUUUCACUAUAUAAUUAUCUCAUAUAAAACCUUAUAAGUCAAAUCAAACUUGAGAAAUUUAAUAGUGUUUGCAUAAUAAAAAAUAAAAGAUCUCAUAAUUUUAUCUGAUGAGUAUAUUCUUAGUCAGUUUAGUUAGAGUUUUUUCUUGAUAAAAGUAAAUGAGGCUAAUGAAAGCAGCAAGCAAAUUUAGAAAUUUACAUAAUAAAAGAAUUAAUUUGAUAGAUUUAGCUUUAAUGUUGAUAAAAAUAUAUUCUACGGUUAAGAUAACUUAUCAAUCAAGAUGACUAUAGCAAAUAGUAAUUCUAUGGUAGAAUUUUUACUAGUUGUAAAAGGUUCCUAAUAAUGUUUAGUUGAAUUCAACCCUCACUGUAGUUAGCAUUGUAUUAAGAAAACUAUAAAAAAUAUAGAAUAAUUUAACAUUAUAUCCAAGGAGGUAUAUGAGAUAGAGAGUUUUAAUUUUGUCUUUAAUCUUCACUCAAAGGGUGAAAUAAGUGAAUUUCCCUCUUUUGAGUUUUCUUAAAAAACUAAUUUAACUUACCAGGUUAAAUUUAAUUAAGAGGAUGUAAAAUUGUAACAAGAUGGAGAGAGUAAAAAAAAUGAUUCAUCACAAAAUUAAAAAGAACCCCUAACUAGUCCACCUUAUUUAAAUAAUACAGAUUAUAUUGACACAGAAAAUAGAAGCUUCGAUCCUGCUUCAUUUUUUCCUGAGCAAUCAAUAGAAAAUAGAGAUAGUAUAGUGAUUUCUCCUAAAUUUGCAUCAAGUGUGAGCAACUUUAAUUCUGUCACUAUUAAAAAUAUGCUUUUAAAUUUAAAUAAAAUUUAAUUUGAAUAAAGUUUUGAAAAUAUAACAUUGUUUACUAUGAAAGAUGUUGAAUUGACCUAAUUCAAUACUGUAAAUAUCCGCUAUUUUGUUUUUGUAAACAUCAAGCAAAUUAACUUACAUGAUAUUUUGAUUUAAAAUCAGUUAAUUAAGAAAAGUUUGAUUUUCCUUUUACAGUCUUUUGAUAGCGCCAACGUGCUUAAUUUAAAAAUUGAACACUGCAGAGCUAUUUACAAAUCUACAAUCUUAUAAAUAUAGUAUGUACCUUAAAAUAUAUCCAAUAUGUCUAAGGAAUUUUACCUAAAUGGAUUAACUUUUUACAACAACACCUAUUUUGAUGGAAGUGCAGUCAUUGUUGCCACACAAACAAAGGAAUCUGUAAUAAAAAAUGUAAAUGCUACUAAUAAUUCAUAGAGCAGCUUUAUGAAAUCUACCAUUUUGCAACUUUUUAUAAACCGUAUUGUGUUUAUGUCAUAAAUUAAUUACCAAAAUAAUACAGGAAUUUUAUUUUUAAUUUCUCAGCCAUACUAUGAAAGCAGACAUUAAAGUUUACUUGAAACAAGAACAAUCUUUGAAGACGAAUUUUAUAUUGACAAAAUGACUAUAAAAGAUAAUAUCAAUGAAUUUGAUGAUUCAUUUUUUAUUUAAAUAAUAUCGAACAAAUUCUAACUUAAUAAUUUUAAAGUUAUAUCUAAUAAGUCGUAACAGUCAGGUGUUUUAUUCAUUUUAAAUAGUAAGGGAGGACUGCAAAAUGCUCUAUUUGAAAAUAACAAAUCAGACUUAUAUUCAAAUUUAUAUAUAUCAAGUUCUGUCAUUUAAAUUGAAGACUCUGAAUUUAUCUCUAACAAUGGUUAUAACGGAGGAGUUGCUUUAAUUGAAAAAUCUGAAAUUAAUAUAUCUAAUUGUAAAGCGAUAAAAAAUGAAGCUACAGAUGGUGGUGUUAUGUAUAUUAGAAACGGCUUAAAAAAUAGUAGGAUUCGUAAAUUUGAAUUUAGAGAAAAUUCUUCUUCGGGUAGUGGAGGAUGCUUGGUUUUGGAUAACUCUGAUAUAGAUUUAAGUGAAAAUACUUUUAUCUCUAAUAGAGCUGAAAUAGGUGGAGCAGUCAGAUAUAUAAAUUUACAGCCAUCAUUUAUGAGAAAUCCAACUAGUAGAUUGAUCCAGGAAACAGAAAAUUAAGAAAUAUAUUCUCAAGAUUCAUGUGGAACAUAUUCUUCUAACUUUUGCUCAGACAACUAAGGGAGAUUAUUUGGUAAAAAUAUUGGUUCAUAUGUGAGUUAAAUUGUGCAAGUAGAAAAGUAAGGAAAUGAAGAAAAGUUAAUUGAGUAAAAAGAAUUUCAAAAAAAUUUAUUUAAAGAUAUUAGAAGUGGAUAGAAUGAAAAAUAGGUAGUAUUUGAGCUAUUAGACGAGUUUAACUAAAAAGUGGAUUUCUCAAACGUCAACAUUUAAUCUAUGAGCCCAUCUCUAGUUUAGGAGCUAAAAUAAUUCACAACAAAACUAAAUAAAGUACCUAAUUAAUAAUAAAAUUACACAAAGUUUUCUAAAAGUAAUGUAACUGAUAAUUUUGGAAAUUCUAAUAUUUAAAUAGAUGGAGAUGUUUUUUAGGAUUAUUUUAAUGGAAAAUUUAUUUUUGAUUAGUAUUCCAUCGAAGGCAUACCUAAUAGCCAGACUGUCAUAAAGUUGGAAGUUAAUCCGUUAUAUGUUAUUGAUCCACAAACAUAUGAAUUUUAAAAAGGAGAUGACAUUUAUUUAAAUGUAACUUUUAGAAAUUGCGAAAUUGGUGAAAUCCCAUUAAAAUCAUGUCCUACAUGCUCCACUAUUAAUUGUUAAGAGUGCCCAUUAGGAACUUAUUCAUUAGAAAAUCCUGAAUAAGCAACUGCUUGCAUGAAAUGUGAUUAUAAAACAUCAGUUUAUUGUAAAAAAAAUAUAAUCAAACUAAGACAAGGAUUUUGGAGAGAAAACGAGAGCACAGAUGUAAUUCAUUACUGUAAUAAUUUUCCAUAGAGUUGCAACGGAAACGAAUCUACUCAUUAUUGCUCGAUCGGAUAUAUAGGUCCUUUAUGUGAAACAUGCGAUUAUGAAGGAAAAGUUUGGGGUGAGAGUUAUGGAAAGUCUAAUUUAGUAAAUAACCACAUUGAUAGUUGUUAAAGGUGUUCUGAUAUAAAAAAAUAGUACUUAAAUUUCUUUAUUAGCGUGCUGGCGAUAAUAGUCUUUGUGUUUAUAAUUAUUUUUGAAAUUAAUCGCUCUCAAGUAAACAAAUUAAUUCUGAAUUUGAUUCAUAUUUCAGGAAUGCAAGUGUUAGGAAACUCAGCAUUUUAAAAAUCUUAAAAGACUUAAUUGGUUAAACUGUUUAUACAUCACAUUUUGGUCUUAACUGCUAUGUAGAGCUUUAGAUUUGAUAUAAAAUUUUUAGAUUGGUUCUAAAUUAUUUUAUCACCCUUUAUGUUUAUGAACUCUACUCUAGACUGCAUUCUUUAUUAGCUAUCUAUUAACUUUCUUCCUCUGCAUUAUAUGAGGCUACUCUACUUCAAUAUUCUUAUACUGUUUUUACUUUUUAUAACUUAUUUAGCUUUUAAAAUUACUUAUUUGGUUCUGGCUUCUAAAAAAAAUGAUUCGGAAAAAAUAUCUUUACAACUCUACUUAAAUUCAAAAAACUCUUUAAUAUCACUUUUGAUAGCUUUUGCUUUUAUAUUCUAGUAAAACAUUAUAUACAGUCUCUUUUCUGUAACUUCCUGUAGGUAAAUAGGUUAAUAAUAUUAUAUAUCUAGCUAUUUGACAGAAAAAUGCUAUACAUAAUAAUACUAUACGUAUUCAUUUGCUAUUGUUCUUCCUUUACUCUUUAUCUGGGCAAUUUUAUUCCCAUUCUUGCUUUACUACAAAAUAAAAAUUUCCUAAAUUUUAAAGCCAACUUUCACCAAUUCUGUAAGAUAGGUUGGAUUUAUGACUUGCGACUAUAAAAUAUAAAAUUCUCAUUGGGAGAUUUUUAAAAUUUAUAUAAGAAUUUUUAUAGUGACAAUUUUGUGCUUCUUCUAAAAUGACAACUUUAGAAAAGGAUUUUACAUCUCAAUUAUUCUAAUGGCAUAUCUUUAAUAGCUUUCGAAAAAGAAACCCUACAUAUAGAAUGAAUUUUAGGAAUCUGAUUAAAUUUGUUCAUUUAUAGAGAUUAUAAUAAUGCUUCUAAUUUCUUAUUAAAAUACUAUUCAAAAUGAAUUAGAGCAGCAGAUUAUAAUUUAAAUAGUAACUAUGCUUUCAACUUUUAUUUUUGCAUUCCUGCUUUUGAAAAUAGUAAGAGAAAUUAUAAUAUCCUAUCUAUUGAAUUGUUAAUAAUAGUCUCUACUUAAAAAAAUUAUCAAUAAUUUGUUUAAUAAAUUGGCUAAUAAAAUAAAUUAUGAUCACCCAUAACUCAAAUAAUAUUUAUAAAAAAAUGUUUUUUCUAUUUAUUCGAUAAUAUUUUUGAGAAGCAGCUCUCAAAAAAAGAUGAUAAUUUGGUAGUUUCUCAGAAAGCAAUUUCUUGAUUUUAAGAAAAGAAAAUAAGAUAAUGAAAAUGCUAAGUUCUUCUAAGAUGAGUCUCAAUAUUAUACAAAAAUUAGUAAAUCUUUAAACCAAAUAACUGGUGGUGCUUAGCAAAAUAAAAACUUAAUUUUUUAACUAUCGAAUAUAGUAGAUUAAAAUAUAAAAUGUGUAUAAACUUAAGAUACUUUGGAGACUAACUAACUAAAAUCAAAACAUUCGUUAAUAGCUUAAAACUGCUUGUCUAACUUAAAGAAGAAAAGGAAAUUUAUUAAUAUCUAAGAAACAAGUAGUAAAUCUAACAUUAAGCAGGAGCAAAGUGAAAAAGAAAUAAAGAUUAUAAUUUCUUAAGACUCAGAUCAACAGCUAGACGAAAAAUGA